UACUUUAUUCUAAAGAUACCUCCUUGGGCAUGAGAUUACCUUAGUUACCUAAAGAGAGAGUGAAUCAGUAAUUGACUUUUAUUAUUGUCGGCGUCUUUGUGUCCCCUUUUAAUGUUAAAUAUAUAUUUAACGUUUAAUUAUUUGCAAUAUCAUUGUGCAAAUCAAUUAGCAAUUCUUCUGCACAUUUAUUUUUGUCAAAAUCUCCAGAUUUCAGUUCCUGGCCUUAAAGCAGUUGCUUGUUCAGUUUAAUCAAAGUGCAGACACUAUAUGGGAAAAGACGUUGAAGAACAGCUAAGCCUAAACGAAGAUUCCAAGGAUGGUGAGGUUAUAGAAUCUUUGUUACCCCCUAUACCAAGAUCACCAAUUAAUAGCAGACCAAAUAGCAUGGUGGUUAAGAAAGCAAAUACUGUAAUUCCAGCCCAUUUGGUGGCAGAAGCUAUAUCAACACUCCAUGGCCUUGAUUUAAGAUGGUCAGGGCCAAUAACACCAAGUGAAAUGCAAUAUGUUCAACAGUAUGUUUUGGCCAAGUACCCUGAAUAUUGCAAUGGACUUGUGGAAGAAGGAGACAAAAUUGAUCUUUAUACGCUUUGUCUGACCGAUGAAUCAUCCGCUAAUGGGAAAGAAAAAUCCCCAAGGAGAGAGUCGUCGUCGCCUUCUUUUCGAAGUAGUAAUUCAGAGUUGGGAAAAAUCCUAUUGGAACCAUCAAGAUUGCUUGAUAUUCUCACCAAGAAAACUUCUUACCAAGGGAAUUUCAUUUCAAUCCCAGAAAUUCAAGUCCGAAAUCGAGCUUUGCAACAAUGUGGAGUAAGUGAAGAGGAGUACUUAGUUGUUUUUAGAGUUACACUAAAAGAAGCAAUGAUGAUGAUUGGAGAAUGUUACCCUUUCUUCAGGGGAAAUUACUACAUGACAAUUCUUGGUGAAGAUUAUGAUUGUAUAAGGGAAUUUGUUAGUUUUAAAGAUUCAAAAGUGAUUGCAGCACCAGAAUCAUGGCUGGAUUUGAGGAUUAAAGGAUCACAACUUAGCCAAUAUUUUAGGAGAAAAUCUAAGCAUAGUCCAAAAGGGCUAUUUGCAUAUCCUGCUUACGUGGAAGAAACACGUUACUCGAUGCAUUGGAUAUCAGAAGCUCAUAGAAAUUCAUGGCAUAUUCUGUUAGAUGCUUCUGGUUUGGAUGCAGGAAAAGAAAGGUUGGCUUUAGCAUUGCAUCGACCGGAUUUCGUGUUGUAUACAGUUGAUAAUAUACAUGCUCAACCCUCAAAAAUCACAUGCCUUCUUGUAAGGAAACAAUCCUUUGAAACAGCAGCCUCUUCAGCUAAUUAACUGAAGAAAGUUGAAGCGACAGAGAGACAAUGUAUAAUUCUCUGUAUACUUCUGUUCUAAAGAGAUAAAUAUUUUCUACGUACUGGCCGUUUUUAUUUGUUUUGA